CCCACGUAUAAAUACAAGGUGAAACCAUGCGCGAGAAAAAGAGCCGCUAGUUCCAAAGUCUCCUGAAAGAUACCUUAAUUAUAUGCGAGUACUUCCGCAUAAAUAUCAAAAUACGUCAAGCAAGAAAGCAGUGAUAUAGUUGGUUCAAUACUGUGAUUUAUGUUAAUUUCAGUUUGUGCAAAAUCCAAUUGGACAACUAGAAAAUAUAAUCAAUAACUAUUCAAGAAUAUGGCCGUCAUUAUUUCCACUGGAUUUAUUUUAUUUGACUUUUUCCUGAUAUUCCUAGCAGCUUUUAUCGGGAUUUUUGUUCACUACAAGCACAGUUACCAGUACUGGAAAAAAAAAGAAGUGCCGUAUUUGGAGCCAACUUUUCCAUAUGGAAAUAACUUAUACCUAUUUCCGCUAGCAUCAACUUUUGCGGGGGAAUCUAAGGUCUGGUACGACCAAUUAAAAGCUAAAGGUCAUAAAUUUGGCGGUGUUUGGUCGUAUUCUAGAAAGGUUUUGGUACUGGUUGAUCCCGGCUAUAUUAAGGAUAUUUUGUCGCUGGACUUUAACCAUUUCAUCGACCGCGAUGUCUACUGUAAUGAAAAGCAUGAUCCUAUGGGAACUCACUUAUUUAACAUUAGACAUUCCAGUUGGAAGGCGUUGAGGCAGAAGCUAACGCCGACGUUUACAUCGGGAAAAAUGAAAAUGAUGUUCGAUAAUGUGUUGCAUUGUGCUGAUUUCAUGAUCAAUCAUUUAGAAAAAUGUGCCAACGUUGGAGAUGAUUUUGAUGCAAGAGAAGUUCUGGCAUCAUUUACAACCGACGUUAUAGGAUCAGUAGCCUUUGGAGUAGAUUGUAACAGUUUUGACAGUACUCAUGCCGAGUUUAGAAGACAAGGAAAAUAUUUGUUUGAAAUUGAUUUACCUAUCCUUUUGAAAGCUGUUAUGGUAAAUAGCUUUCCCGAUCUUUCUAGGAAACUUGGAGUUAUAGUCUUUAGGUCGAAAUCGAAAGCAUUUUUUGCCGGUAUGAUAAAAGAAACAAUGGAAUUUAGGAAGAAAAACAAUAUUAAUCGGCCAGACUUUCUCCAGCUGCUUCUGAAGAUGAACGAAGAAUAUAAAGAUGGAAAGCCAAAUGUAACAUUUGAUGAAAUUGUGGCUAAUACUAUUUUGUUUUUUAUUGCAGGAUUUGAUACAUCAUCUACAGUGAUGACUUUUUCUUGCUAUGAAUUGGCUCGCAAUCCAGAAAUUCAGGAAAGAACUCGCCAGGAAAUUGAAAAUGUAUUGGGGAAAUAUGAUGGAAAAAUAACUUAUGAAGCUAUUCAGGAAAUGACUUAUUUGCAACAAGUUAUGAAUGAAUCAAUGCGUUUAUUUCCGCCAUUGAUAUGUUUAGCGAGAACCUGUACCAAAGAUUACAAAUUAAGAGAUACAGAUAUAACAAUUGAAAAAGGCACUCCUGUAGUAAUUUCUACUUUUGGCUUGGGCCGAGAUGCUGAACAUUUUCCAGAUCCAGAAAGAUUCGAUCCUGAUAGGUUUAGCGCAGAAGAAAUAGAAAAAAGAGAUCCGUACAUACAUAUUCCUUUUGGCGAAGGCCCUAGAAAUUGCAUUGGUCUAAGAUUUGGUCUGAUGCAAUCCAAGAUUGGAUUAAUACGAAUUUUGACAAACUUCAAACUGAGUAUAAGUCCAAAAACCAAGAUGCCUGUAACAAUUGACCAGCAAAGGUUCUUAUUGAAGGAGAAUAAUCCCAUAUAUUUAAGGGCUGAGAAAAUUUAAAUUUGUGUUUAUUACUAUUCUGUAUGUAAAUUUUGUUAGAGGCAGAGGUGAACAUUCUAAAGGAACAAAAGAAAUAAACCUAGGUAUUUAACAGGAUUGAGGAUAAUAGGUAUUUAAGUUAUAGGUAUUUUUUCACUUAGGUUCUAAUCAUCCGCAUAAUAAUUCUAGACAUAAUCAGAAUGUUAUUACUUCCCUGCAUAGAACUGUUUCUUUUCAGUGAUCAUUUACCAUUGUGGUUUAUACAUAUCUGGAAUGACUUGUCGUGAAGCAAAGUGUGUCUUACAACAGCUACUAUGAAAUUAUUUUAGAAUCUGUAAUUGUUGUUGUGCGUGUAUGCGUUUAAUCAGCGAGACGUUCACUCAGCCAUUUGCGCUUCGGGCCUUUUGGAUCAUUUAUUCAUUUAUUUUUUGUCUCCACUCCAUUUGCUGCUUUGUGAGUUUACCAUUUGCCUUCUCUUAUUGCCCUAAUCGAUUCUUUUUAGUAAGUAGGUAUGUACAAACGUAUAAUUUUUAUUUUCCAUGAGGUAUUGAGGAAAAUCAUAUUUUAUGACUUGCGGUGGCUCGUGCAAAAGCUAGUAGGUAUAAAGUUACCGGGCAGUCUUAUAUGGAGGGCCUUCUUACAGGAACUCUCUUGAAAGUGGUUUUAUAUAAUAGGGAGGCUGUCCAUUGUCCAUUUUGUUAAAUGAUUUUCUCUCAAGUUUAUUAGAAUACAAAUGUAUACAGUGUUGUUUUUGGCAAAUAAAUAAUACCUAUUUGGUCUGA